CCCUCUCCCUCCCUCUACCUGCCUUUUUCGACCGGGGUUCUUCUCACGUCACGGGUAGCUUGAUUCAGUUGCUGAAUCGAGCUUCGACAUGGGAGUUUGCGCCGCAAGCGUUAGUUCUAUAGUUGUUCUCUGAAAGUGGUGGUCUUUUUGCUGUAUCUGUGAGACGGUACCAAAAUCAAAACUGCUUUUGGUUGAAGCAGAACGGUCUGUGGGAGGCUGAGUUCUGCGGGGGGGAAAGCUGAAGAUAAAUUGGUGGCCUCAUGAUUCACGAACAAGCCAUAGGCGUUAGGUUUUACAGGCUGACAGCUGCGGCCGUCUUCUGCUAUUGCUGUCUGAAGCUCUGAACUUUGAAAGACAACUCUUCUCAGCCUCAGCGGCUUGGUGCUGAACUGCUGACUGCAGGUAACCGCGGCCCCGCCUGGGAUUUCUGAGCUGUGGGUGAUGUUCUGGUACUCUCUUGGUUGAUGGCGAACGCGGAAGGUUUUCGGCUCGUGAGAUGCCCAAACUGUCUCAACGUUCUCCCAGAACCGCACAACGUUACAGUCUACAGGUGCGGCGGAUGCGGCACCACCCUUCGAGCUAAAAUCUGUGCCAGCGGUGGCCGACAUGCGUCUGCAAAACAAGCUCGCCAGGACUCCGACAGUUAUUCGGUCGCUACAGCCGUGAGCAAUGGCAAUGGGGCGCCUCCCCAAAUCAAAGACCAAGGCUCAGAGAGCUCCUUCGGUGCUGAUGCUCCAAGCACCGAGCAUGGCAGCAACGGGGCAGGGAGCGGCGAAAAUGGUGGUGGCAUACUGGCUGUGCAGAACGCUGUGGUGGUGGCUCACGACGCUGAGAACAAGGAAAACCACACCGUGGAACAGCCUACGGAGAAUUCAGAGACUUGCCGAGCAGUAAGUGGACAUGAUGAUGAUACAGAACGCCGCUUGAACGCCUCUGAGAUCAAAACGGUUCCUUCUGAGAUGAGCAAGGCAGCCGUCAGUGCGCAAGAUCCCGAGCAGAAGGAAGAAGGCGGAGGCGAACAUGCAGCAAACAAGAAGGGGUAUCUUGUGAGGGUACUGUCUCGGUCCUGUGAUCUUCGAUCGUCACGAGACUCGACUGAUUUCCAAUCUGCACGGACUUCUCUCCAGUCGAAAAGCUUCAGUGCCAGCGAGCCCCUCCAGUCGAAGAUCAUGAACACAGUGGACGAGCUGAAGGGCGACCUUUCUGAGCUGUUCAGUAAUAAACCUGCAGACGACUGCAAGCCGAAGGCGCACCAACCUCCACGACCUUCCAAUUCCAAGCAAGAUGGCCGCACGACUCGUGCAGCCAUCGCGUCCAGUGCACCUCUCGCGGCAUACCAUCCUGCCGCCAAGCAUUCUGGCUACGUGUCUCGCCCGAGCAAGUCUGGCCAGGUUGCUGCUGCUUCUCGUGGACUGCCGUCGCUGCGGUAUCGCCGGCACUGGGUUUAUCCGUUCCACUUCCACCACAACGUGCAGACGGAAACGAGACCUUGCCGUCAUGGGUGCUGCCACCAUAGUUGCCAGCAGCCACCCUGUUACAGAUACAGACCCUGCAAGCAAGAACCUGCAGCGACGCGCAGGCCACCGGUCAUGGUGAGCAAUAAGCGCCCUCCUCCUCCCAGAAACUACUGCCUGCCAGUCCUACGUGGCGCCCCGUUCGUGAUCUGCUCCAGCUGCGUCAGCCUGGUCCAGCUGCCCGCGGAGUUCGCCGUCCCGAGCAGGGGAACGCGCCGGCUGCGGUGCGGCUCCUGCUCCGAAGUCCUCUCCUACUCCUACAGGGACCCCGGCGCCAGGAAGAGGCUGCAGUCACCGUUCGGGGGCGACGAGUACAGCACUGACGAGUACGAGCAGGCUUCCGGCGGCCACAACGCCGCCGCCGCCGGCGGCUUCUUCGGGGAGGCGGACCCGGUGUCCUACUCCGAGGAGUACGGGCUCUCGUUCGGCAUCGGCCACUCGACCAGCACCGAGGACGGGCAGCAGCCGCUGUACGUGUCGAGGAACUCGUCCUUCAACACCGUCGACGAAAGGACGGGUACUAGAGACGGCAAGCUUCACCGGCUGAUGGGGUACUCGUCGGCGAGCGAGGUGCUGCAGCACUCGCCCGACCUGUUCGAAAGCUUCGGCAGGCGCGCGGCCGACGCAGGAAGAGCGCACGUCGGCGGGAAGGGCAAAGGCGUUUGCGUGGCAGAGAACGACGCGUGCGAGCGAGACGGUGGUGCGGUGGAGAGAUCGAAGGUGAGGAGUGGUGGUUGGCCGGUCCAUGGGAUCCUGAAGAAGGGGAUCCACGGCCUGGAAUCACUCAAGCUCAGGUCGUAGCUGGUGGUUUUCGUUUGGCGGGGCUCUGGCGAUCAUGUUUAGAGUUCAGUGGCAGUGUAGUCAUGCUUAUUAGUGGUUAGCUUGUGUGUGAGUUGUUUGCGAUUCAUCUCUGUGUCUGUGUGUGCCGAGUUGGUUGGUUUGCAAUUUUUGUCAUGUGUGUAAAGCCUUGCACGCCGAGCAAUGCUCGAUGGUGUGAAUGUAUAUACAGAAUUACUAUUUGGUUCAAUUCAAGAUAAAUAGUACUCACUCUGUUGUUGUUA